AGUCCUCACGGGUUUAUCAUGAAAAUUAACGAUUUUGCAUGUUUUGUUUUGAUGAAUUUCUCCUCUUAAUAUAUCGUUUUGUAUACUAAAUCAUGGAAGAAUUUCAAAAUUGAAAGCUCCAGAAGAAAGAGUAGAAUACAUUAUUUGAGAACUCAAAAGGCAAAAAGCUUUUGAAAUCUUUGGAUGGCUUGAAGGAGAAUAAAAAAAUUGGCAGUCUUCAUUGGAAAACUAUUUCAGAACCUACUCCCUUACUGCUGGAUCCUUGAAAGGUUGUGGUCCUCAUAAACCAUGUUGUCUUUCCAAUGGUCAGUGUUGUUAAACCUGCACCACAGAGCCUUUAAGACAAUGGCUCUCAAGUCUGUGUUUUUGGCUGUGAUACUCGCCCUUUCUGUCGGGACAACUUUUGUCGAGAGUUCCACGACCACGUCCACGGCGUCUCCUGCUGCUGGUUUCACAACAGAAAUCUUACCAACUAAUUCUACAAUAGCCUUCAUUUCCACAAGAACACAAAGCCCAAAUGAUGUAAAAGGUGCUUACUUCCCACCUACAGAUCUCCAAGCAAAUAUAACUUCCAAUAGGACGGUAUUUGUGACAUGGAAGCGGCCACCUAAAGACAAGUCUCCACCUAAACCACUAUUUCAGAUCUGGUUAGCCUAUAGGAAUGCCAAAAACAUCAAAGUCUCCAACUUCACAAAAAUAGACUCGACCACGUCUAACUUUGGAAAGUACAUCCCUAAGAAACUUCUGCAUGAUAUCUUAAAUGAUGAUAGGCUCGAACAACGUGUGGUAUACCUUGUGUUUAAAGUGCGGACAGUAAGCAGUGAUGCUGAGGAUAAGACUGUGGGGAAAUUCUCCAAGACGGUCGAUCUUCUGUUGAAGAAACCAAAGCCAAAAGUGAACGCUGAGCCCUACCUGGCCCCGAUGAACCUAUCUGCAAAGAUCUCUCCGAAUGGAACAGUCCGCGUGACAUGGAAGUCUCCUCCAAAUGGUCAGCCACCAGAAAAACCAUUGUAUGACAUCCAGAUAGCCUAUGGCACCCACCCUAGUGUGGCGCCCUCGCCAUUUAAAGACCUAGAGAGAGGAACCACAACAUAUAUCGAGAGCGACAUUGGAAAGUUGCUGCGGCGGUUCGUGGAGGAUGAUGAGGACAAGCUUGUCUCGUAUCUGCUGUUCCGUGUCCGAGCUAUUAAGGUCGUAGCGAAGAAAGUGAUCAACGGAAAAUUUUCUGUUUUUCUCAAAGUUAAAAUACGAGCAUCGCAGCCUAGAAAUUUUACGCAACCCAAAAAUACCAAGACGUGGAUAUAUGUUGUGGCGCCACUAGGGGGUGUGAUUGUAGCAUUGAUCAUUAUCCUCGGCGUGUACUGUCACAAGCAGUACAGGAUACGAAAGUCCUACAUGUCUUAUAUUAGGACGCAAUAUGAUACGGAGUCUGAAGCUUUGUCGGUUAGCAAUGAAAACUUUGGUUUAGAUUCGGACAACCAGCCUCAGAUACGUUUCUCAGACGGAGAGGGCGAUGAUGAAUCGUUGAUUGUGGCAUGAGGCGUGUGAAUUAAACACCUUGUUUUUACAGAAUCUUGAAAUAAUGGGAAAAUGUGUCGACACCUGCAAAAGAUUCAGGCAUAGCAGCUCACUAGUUUGCAAUAAAAGGAAUUGACCGAUGGCGUCAGAUUUUUGGUUGCUGAGCAGUAGACUCUUGAAAAUGUGCUCAAAAACAACACCUUUCAUUCAGAAUCUAAGGAUAUCAGCUGACCUAUUUGCAUUGAAAUGAAUCUGCUUGCUGUCUCAGACUUUGAACAUUUGGACUUGGGUCAUUAUGACCAGUAAGGCUUAGACACCUGAUUCAGUGCGCUUGAAGGCUUACUGUACUUUAUCCAUGUCCCUUUGCAUUCAUGUGCAACUUUCUCUGGUAAAAGUUCCUCCUGGUAGGCACUUCGGGUCAAAUACAAAUACUGAGUCAUGGAGGUGUACACUGCCAUCCCUGUUUUUGGCAGAUGUUGUCAAGGAUCACAGGUCUUGGUCAAAUUGAUGUUCUUCGACCUGCUGGUCAUUUUUUUGCAUACUCAUUGAAUAAAUGAUCCCAAAGGUGAUGAAGAGGGUUUAUAAAGUAAAUAUUACUAUUUAUUGUGUCGUGCACUUUUUGGUGCUCAAUACUUCUCAAAUUUCACUUGGGGGAAAUAAUAAUUCUAAUGUGUAUUAUACUACAUGUAGCUAUGAAUAUCUUGUUGUAAUUUGGUAAUGUGUGUUAAGAACUCCAAGUUUACUGGCUUAAGCAAAAACUAUACUAGCCUCUCCUUGGCUCAGGUGCACAAAAGAUUUACCAAUGCUCAUGUAAAUGCUAAUGCCAUGUUUCCUUUGUCUCUCAUGCCAUUUGCCAAAUCUAUUGCUUGACUUGGCCAACAAGCAAUGGAAAAAUCACAGAGUUCAUCACGUUCGGUAUUUUUUUUUACGUUGAUCUGGCCUAAGGAACUCGACUGACCUCGUGUCACUUAACUGUGGUAGUGUGAUCGCUAAGAGUAAUGUUACACAACCCUGGGCAGCUGGUGGCAUAGUUGGCAUAGUUGACAAAGUUUAGUUAACACUGUAAAUCAGUGUUACUCUUAGGCAUUGGUUAUGUCUACCCUGAGGAUAACCUGGUGUUUUGCAACACCACUCUCUUUCGGUAAGUGUGACAUUCCCGAUCGCUAAGAGUAAUGUUACACAACCCUGGGCAGCUGGUGGCAUAGUUGACCAAGUUUAGUUAACACUGUAAAUCAGUGUUACUCUUAGGCAUUGGUUAUGUCUACCCUGAGGAUAACCUGGUGUUUUGCAACACCACUCUCUUUCGGUAAGUGUGACAUUCCCGAAUUGAACUAAGUACCUGUGGCUAGAACGAUAUGAAAAAUGCUUGACAGUGUUGCAGGCUCGGGGGUAAAAUUGUGCCUGGUAAGUAGAUUGGAGCUGCACUGCCCUUCAUCACUGUAGUCAAAGUGAGCAUUUUGAACUACCUAGGGCUUCCGAGCAGAUUUCAGUUUGCAUCUGGCUAUGAUAUGAUAGGUCUUGACUUGCGUGUGAGAAUUGGUGUAGAAUUGGUCCUUUUAAAAGGUCUUGGGGCGAGAGUGAUCUUGGGUGGUUUUUGGUGUGGCAGGAUGAUGCCCGCAGUCAGAAACGACAUAACAGCCUUCUUAGGGUUUUGAAAUCAGCCGAUGCAGCCAUGUUAUGUUUGGACGCAUCCGUCUGUUGUAGAUGUUUCGUGUAUAUUUUAUAGGUCGAUGUAUUGUGUGUUUUUAAUGUAGAUCGUACAACAUUUUAAUUAAGACAAAAAAAUAUUCAAGGUGGUGCAGUUAUAUUGUUCGUAAAGGAUGUCAAAUCAUGACCAAUUCUGGUGUUAACUGUGUGUCCAUUUUGUCAUAAUAGGAAUGUAGACCUGUAGCUAAAUUUUUGGUCAUGGGGGGGGGGAGGCUACUGAACUCGUUAUAUCACAUCUUACUCCAGCGCAUCCCUACUGCACAGCUUGACUUGAGACCUCAAUUCUGCACAUUUGGGGGAAAAUACCACUGUCGCACCAGUUUCUCCACAUAUCAAAUCAAAUAUGCACUACAGCCUAGCUUAGUGGAGUCUCGUCAAUUAUGAUUGUGCCCCAUAGGAGUGUAACUCUUAGAGCAAUAGUUCAUAUUAAUUGUGUUGUACGGAUGGUUUUGUUGUUAGCCUAUUGUUAUUGAAUAAAAGCCUCUGUAAAUAGCGAUGCAUGUAUGUAUGGUGGUUAUGCAAUAAAAUGACUGGAAUUGUAAA